GGGCUCAUUUUUGACCCGUACGACCGGAAGUGGCUGUAAAUUCAAACAAUCAUUACAUUCAGAAUAAAUGCGAUAUCUUUAAUCCAUAUCUCUGCGCUUUCACUUACUAGCCAUUUACGAAAGUAUCAGGUGGCAAACUGCUUGUGAUAAGGACAGAAGUAGUGAGGACAAUAUGGCUGAUCAAGGAGAUCCUUUUACUGAUGAUGGUGAGUCCAGUGAAGAGAACUCUGGGCCUGAGAUGAAGAAGUCAGUGGGUCUGAAGGAGCUGCAGGUUUGUGUGACAGACAUCAACCUGGUGCAGCCCAGUGUCACCAACGGAGCCCCAGUGAAACGAGGGCCAGGGAGGCCAAAGGGGUCGGUCAAAUCAAACAUAAACGGAGGAAAUACUCCCAAGAAAAGGGGUCGCCCGAAAAGCUCCACAGUAAAGGUUGUUGCAGGAGAUAUGAGUGGUGGUGCAGCCAAAAGACCAAGAGGCCGAGACACCAGUGGAGAUGAAACUGACGACAGCUUUUCUCCGCCCCGAAAGAGGGGGCGACCAAAGGGGUCCUUCAAGAAGCCCAAAUAUGACACAAAAGACAGCAUUGACAAUGAAGCAGUGCAGAGUACACCUAAGAGAGAAAAAAUACCUCAGCAGGGAGCAAAGAAACAGGAACCAGCUGCAGAUGGCACACAGCCCUCUCUUAAAAGGCCAGGCCGACCGAAGGGCUCUCGAAACAAACCAGUAUUCACUGUGAGAGUGGAAAAUACCAGUGGUCGCCCCACUCGAGUUCAUGUCCCACCUGACAAACUUAACAUAUCCCUCCCCAGAAAAUAUCCCGGAAGGGGACGUGGUCGGCCAAAGAAAAGCAACAGAGGUCGACCAAGGAAGAGGCCUCUGCCCCCAGGAGAGGAGCUGUACCAGCCCCGAGUGUGGAAAGCCCUGGGGCGACCCCGAAAGUAUCCUAAAGAGGAGCGUCCCGAGCAAGCCCCUGCUCUUGACACCCCUCGCAGGGGCCGUGGGAGACCCCGGAAAUCAGAGUCUAAGAAAGGUGCUCAUUUGAGAAAGCUCGACAGCGAUGGUUUGCCCAGAAAAGCAGAGCAUCCUCCUAAAUCAGCUAAAGAGCAGGAUGGUCCCCCAAGAAAGAGGGGGCGUCCCAAAGGUUCUUUCAAAAACAAAGCGCGCAUCGACAACAGUUCAGUGAAAAUGUCCCAUGUUUCAGAUCACAGCCCAGAGGAUGAGAACCUGGAAGAGGACAACAUUGAGUAAAGAGUUUUGGACAUUUUUUUUUUAUUUGGCUCAAAGAGUAGAGUAGAAUCUCUUCAUUUUAAAUGUGUUUUAACCCUUGUGUUGUCCUAGGGUCAUUUAUAACCCCAAAAGCAACUUUGUCAAAGAAGAAUGCUGUCAUUUCUCCAAUAAAUGGCCUGAAAAUUGGGCCAGUUGUUCCUUUUUUACUUUUAUAAAUAAUGAAAUUUGGAAAGAAAUUGAUUGUAUAAUUAGAAAUGUAUGAAAAAAAGUGACGUUUAAUGGACUCCAUUGUGCACUUUAAGAGGUUACUGGGUGCAUUGAUGAGAGCGUUCUUCACUGCAACAGACCCUGGACUCUGUCUAUCAGAGGACAGUCUUAUGGAGGUACAGCAAAUAUUUUUUAUUCAAGUAUAGUCAGGUAAUUUCACUGUUAUAGGGCCUCAUAGUAUCAAAAAAUGCACUUUUUCACACAAUCAAAGCAUGUUGGCAUGGAAUACAAUGAAAACCAGAAGUUUAAUUACACUAUAUAAAAAGACACAUACACAUUUUCUUUCUCACUGUUUGGCAUGGAAUCAGACUAACCUUUUCCUGUUUUAGGUCAAUUACAAUUACCAAAAUGAUUUCUAUUUGCUAAAUGCCACAAUAAUGAGAAGGAGGGGGCCGAGUUAUAAAAGAAGCAAAAUUGGGUUAAAUUGACCCCAGAGGAAUUUCAAUGUAACUUUUUGCUUUCAGUUAAAACAAUAAAAAAAAUUCAAAACAUUUUUCACAAAAUUUUGACAAAUCCCACUUUCCAAUUGACCAAAUAUUGUUUGUUCAGUACAGUGAUUGAAAUUAAGAAUUACAGGACAUUUUGAGGUUCAAAAAUUCACUUUUUUUAAACUAAAAUUCAUCUCCUGGCCAGAAUUUGGGGUAAAACUGACCCCAGAGGAACUUAAACGUAACUACUGGGAGGAACACACAAGGGUUAAACUUUGUUAUUCCAUCAUGUUAAUGUGAGACCUUCACAAACUCUUUAGAAUUACAUUGUUUCAUGUUGACUCUUCAUGUUCAUAUGUAGUGUUCAUGUUUUAAUGUACUUAAGCUCCAUAUUCAAAACAUGAGGAAAAGGUCUGGAUUGGAGAAUGAAGUAUGUUUUGCCUUAGUUGCCAAAGCCUUGAAUGUAAUGUUAGGAGGUUCUUAUUAACCAAUUUUAUGUCUUAUGAAAAAACUACAAAAAAAAACCAAUGACAAGAAAUAAAAUUUUAAUUUUGUCAUACGUU